UAGUCCAAAAACAGCUGUUGCUCCAAUCACAACAAUUUUUAAAUGUGAUUUGACUGAAAUUGCUUGAGAUUCUCAACCAACAUGGUUAAAAUAAAGAAAAAAGAGGCCAAAAAGAAGCCCUUGACCCGCAAGGAGCAGAGGAAGCAAAAGUCCGAGGUUAAAAAACAGAAUAAACGACUUUAUCAUGCCGGCAAAGUAAAUGGAGCUCAGCGCGUGGCUGCGGCGGCAGAGGCGUUGGCAGCGCAGUCGCUACAAGGCAAAAACAAGAAGAAGAAAAGCAAGAGCAAAAAACCAAAAAUAAAUCCAGAUGAAAUUCCCAAGGAACAACUUUUAUCCGGCGAAAUCGACAGCGAUGAUGAUGAGUCCUUGGAUUCGGAUUUCACUGAUCCCGAAGUGGAUGCCCUGAUGCCCAAAAGCAUGGCAAAGGUGGAAGUUUUCGAACCUCUUGGUAAAAACGUCAAGAAAAUCCCAGGCGGAGCCAUCCAAAGACAGGAUGAGGAAAUGGUCAGGAGAAAGGAGUUACGCCAGCAGAAAGAAAUCACAACCAAGUCCAAAAAGCAGCGUCUCAAGCAAUUGCGAAUCGAGAACGAGGAGGAAGAUCGCGAGAUCAACAAGCUGGAAAAGAAGCUUAAACUCAACAAAUCCAAGGAUAAAAACCGUCUGGUGAGGAAAAUGUUCAACGAUGGCUUGGAUUACCUGCUAGACUUUGUGCUGGAUGACGAGGAGGAGAAGCUGAAGUGGGAGGAAAAGCAGGAGAGGAAGAAACGGCUGAAGGAGCAGCAGGAAAAGGAGGAGGCGGGCAUGUGGAGCGAUGAGGAGGAGCAGGAAGAUCAAAAUGAUGACUUCCCAGAGGAUCCAAGUGCUUCAGAGGAUGAUGAGGACCCCAGUGGAGAUGAAGAACAAAGCUAUGAAGAGUCCGAAGACGAAGAAGAGAAUACCAAAAUUAAAGAAGACAUCUAUGGACGAAAACGCGAUGCCGAGGGCAACAUUUUGCCUGAUCCCGUGGAGAAGGAAGCCUCUGCUGCCGGCCAAAAGUACAUACCACCACAUCAGCGUGCUUUGAUGGCCGCCAGUGCAGGAACCAGCGAAAAGCAGGCCGAGAUACUGGCUCGACUGCUUAAACAAUGCAAAGGUCUGCUCAAUCGAUUGUCCGAGGCCAAUCUUCACAAGAUUGCCGCUGGCAUAGAGGCUUUAUACAUGAAGAACUCCCGCUACAACAUGAAUGAGACCCUGACGAAGUUACUCCAGGAAGCCUUGCUGGGAGCCACGCGGACCAAUGAGCGAAUGGUGCAGGAACACAUGGUUCUAUUGGCCUAUCUGCAUGCCCAAAUAGGCAGCGAGAUCGGUGCUCACUUUCUGCAGACAUUUGUGGAGCUAUUCGAUGGUUAUGUCAAGGAUAUUAAUAACUUGGAAGUUGAAGACAAGCAGUUGAACAACCUAGUGCUAGUUCUCUGCUACAUGUACCUCUUUAAGAUUUUCGAGCUGAGUUUGCUAAUGGAGCUUAUUGGCAAAUUGUCAGAUCAGCUUUGCGAGAAGAGCGUGGAGUGUCUUUUGCUGAUAUUCCAAUCCAUUGGUUUUCGCCUGCGCAAGGAUGAUCCACUGGCUUUCAAGACCAUGAUGCAGAGAGUUCAAUCGCAGAUUGCCAGCGCACCACUGGAACUCAAGGAGAAUCCUCGACUGCGUUUCAUGGUGGACAUCCUGAACGCUGUCAAAAACAAUAAUAUGCAAAAGCUGCCUCAAUAUGAUCCAGAGCUGGCGGAGAAUCUACGAAAGCGUCUGAAGGCCAUGCUGAAAAACGAUCGCUAUGUGGUAACCUUAAACAUUACGCUAGAGGAUCUCCUGCGGGCUGACAAAGUGGGCAAGUGGUGGAUUGUGGGCUCUGCCUGGACGGGAAAUCUCGACGAGAUGGGUUCGGCCAAACAGAAACAGGAUAAGAACUCAGCUAAAUCUGCGAAUGGUGGAUUUGCUGAUCAGCUACUGGAGCUGGCCAAAAAGCAGCAGAUGAAUACUGCCGAAAGGAGGAAUAUCUUCUGCAUCAUCAUGAGUGCCGCUGAUUAUGUGGAUGCCUUUGAGAAGAUCCUCCAUUUGGCUUUGAAAGAUCAGCGGGCAGUGGCCUAUGUGAUCAUACAUUGUGCCCUCAACGAGAAGCGAGCAAAUCCCUACUACGCCCAUCUGGCCCUCAAGUUCUGCCAAUUUAAUAGGAAGUAUCAACUGGCUUUCCAGUUCGCCAGUUGGGACAGGAUUAACGACAUUGAAAAGCUCUCGAAACCGCAGAUUCGUAAUCUCGCCAGCUUUCUUCAACAAGUAAUCCUAGCAGCUGGCUUGCAGCUUUCUGUUUUAAAAGUGGUGGACUUCAUGCAGCUGGACAAACUCAGCUUUUACUUUAUGAAAGAAGUAAUGGUCAGGUUGCUUUUAUCGCCCGACGAGCGGGAAGUCUAUCAGACAUUCGAAAGAGUCGCCAAGAACUCAAAGCUUCAGCAAUUUAAACAGAGUGUUAGACUUUUCCUGCAGCAUUUCCUUUUGAAAUCGGACCAACUGGACAAGCUGAAACUCAAGGAGGAGGAGCAGCAGCUGCUGCAACAGCGCGUGGAUCAUUUGGACAAGAUGUUGGCCUAUGUUGAUAUGUAAAUAUAAGUAGAGUUUUAAAGCAACCUUAUUAAUUUGUAAAUAAAACUUUUACUCUAAGAGUAGGAAA